AUGAACACAACCACCACCGUCAUGACGAUGAUUCAAGACGACGGAGGUGAUGAUAGCAAUAGAUGCGAGUUGUUGGGUCCAUUCGCUUUGUUUAUUCAAGCAGCCCUUGGAGGCAUGGCGCUUCUAUCGCUAGUGUGGAAACGAUCUCGAGAAUCCCCGCAACGACCACUGAAGAUAUGGUGGUUUGACGUCUCUAAACAAGUUGUUGGGUCCAUUUUGGUACACAUGGCGAAUAUCGUGCUUUCCAUGCUCUCCUCGGGUACAUUCGGCAUAGAACCCACGCCAGCUGGAAUGCCCCCCCCUCCUCCGGGCUUCCCACCCCCUCCAGGCUUUGGCCCACCCCCUCCAGGCUUUGGUGGCCCACCCCGCUCCCGCCGUGACUUUGGCAGCCCACCUGAAGAUGACCCAACGUACCAUCCUAAUCCAUGUAGCUUUUAUUUAUUGAAUUUAGGUAUCGAUACUACAAUCGGCAUUGCAAUCCUUAUAGUCAUACUCCGCGUAUUGCAUACCCUUUUGGCCUAUUCACCAUUUGAGUUUCUCAAGAGAGGAAUAAAUUCAGGUGAUUAUGGCGAACCGCCCAGAUGGUCGUGGUGGAUGAAACAAGCCAUCAUCUACUUUAUAGGAUUAAUGGGAAUGAAGUUCGUUGUGUGGAUCAUAUUUGCUCUUUGCCCUUGGUUAGGCCAUGUUGGCGACUGGCUACUAGCCUGGACCGAGGGUAACAAAAGGCUUCAGGUUUUCUUCGUGAUGUUUUUCUUUCCCUUAGUCAUGAACGGAGUCCAGUACUAUAUCAUCGAUUCCUACAUCAAGAAGAAGUCCGAUAAGCUUGGAUGCGAUGAGGAUAUUGCACCAGUUCCUGGGACACUAUCAAAUCACCGUCGGUCCUUUGAUAGCGCAGGCGAUAUUUUCAAUUCAGAUGACGAGGAAGCCAAUGCGGAUUCUCGAAGCCUUCUAAGACCAUCCUCCCGCCGUUCCCGCGGAACCGAUAAAAAGCUCGUUACACCAGUAUUGGAAGAGUACAACCCAGAUACUGACGGUUCUACACUCCAGGAUGGCAUAGGGACGCCGAGAUCUACCUCCCCUUCGAGCUCAUAUAACGCAUUAAGAAGCGGAAGACGGGGUCUAGGAAGCAGGAAAAGGAGCAACGUACCGGAGAGUAGUAAGAGUAUGAAUAGUUCUAUGAUGCUUCUUCCAGGAAGCAGGGGGCCUAGCACGCCUGGUUAUGCGGAGGAAGAAAGUGUGGUAAGAGGUUUUGGUGGGCGAAGAGGGAGCGAUGACGAUGAGACAACUUUGGUAGGAAAGGAUGAAGAUCUAGAAAGAGGAGGUAGAUGA